AACGCGGUUAUUAACGAGCGCGCGGAGCGGCGGGAGGUUUCCCGCUGUGACGACAGACUGCGGGAGGGUUAACGCAUAAACAUUGAGUAUUACAGUGUGACACCGUGAGUGAACCCGCCGGGCCGCGGGAACUCUCUCACUCAGCGCCAUGUUGAACGUUGUGAUCUUUCUGGUUCAUGAGAAUGAUGAUUGGUGCGUUCACGGACCAUCUGUGAAAGGUGCAGCCCAACCUUGUUACGCUCUGCGCCUCAGCCCGUCUGAUCCUGAACCGGGAGGCUUUAUUAUUAAGUGUUUAAAGUUAUAAAUAUCUGACUGUUAACGUCUGAGUUAAAUUAUUAAAAUGAUAUUAUAAAGAGAAGUUAGAGUAAAACAAACAUGGCGGGGUUGUUUUAUGGCGCAUUAAGGACUUUAUGUGUUAAUAUUUAUGACGGAGUAUUAGGGCCAAACUAAGAGGAAAAUAUAUUUUUUGGGGGGAAAUUACGAGAAUAAAGUAGUAAUUUUAUGAGAUCUGUCAGCCUGUUGGCUCAGCCAGUAAAACUGUUUAACGAUGAAAUGAUCAAUACGUUAGUUUACCUGUUGACUGAGACAAACAGCGGCUGCUGAUUGGUCGAGCUGCUCACGAAGAUCUUGAACUCUAUCGAAGCUUUUCUCAUUAAAACGAUUAUUAUAAUUACAUUCUUGUAUUGUUAUUACUUUAUUCUCGUAACAUUACGACUUUAUUCUUUUUGCUGUGAAACAAACAAUUAAAACUUAAGUGGGCGGGGCAAUCAUCAACCAAGUAUCGCGAUACUUCCUCGCGUUGCCUUCACGGCUCCGAGAUCUGGUCCAUGCAAACAAAGAUGGUGUCUCCCUGAGCGUCCAUGUGGCUCACUGUGACAGACAGUUAGUCUCUAUUAGUUCUUUAGUUCUUUAACUGGUUCAAACAGAAACAGUCGGCAGUGAAGCUUCUUUCAGCUCCGAGACAAACUCACGAUGCAGCACGAUGACGUGAUCUGGGAUAUUAUUGGGAACAAACAGUUCUGCUCCUUCAAAGUCAAGACGAAGAGUCAGGGCUUCUGCCGCAAUGAGUACAACAUCACGGGGUUGUGUAACCGCUCGUCGUGUCCGCUGGCCAACAGCCAGUACGCCACCAUCAGAGAGGAGAAAGGUCAGUGUUUCCUCUACAUGAAGGUGAUCGAGAGAGCAGCGUUUCCUGCCAAGAUGUGGGAGAAGGUGAAGCUCAGUAAGAACUACGAGAAAGCUCUGGAACAGAUCGAUGAGAAUUUGAUCUACUGGCCUCGAUUCAUCCGACACAAAUGCAAACAGCGCUUCACCAAAAUCACCCAGUACCUGAUCCGCAUGAGGAAACUGGUCCUCAAGAGACAGAGGAAGCUGGUUCCUCUCAGCAGGAAGGUGGAGAGGAGGGAGAAGAGGAAAGAGGAGAAAGCUCUGAUCGCCGCUCAGCUGGACAACGCCAUCGAGAAGGAGCUGCUGGAGAGACUCAAACAGGGAACGUACGGAGACAUCUACAACUUCCCGGUCCACGCCUUCGACAGAGCUCUGGAGCAGCAGGACGCGGACAGCGAGUCGGAGUCGGAGGAAGAGGAAGAGGAGGUGGAUGACGAGGACGUCGGGAAGAGAGAGUUUGUAGCCGACGAAGAGGUGGAGGAGAGCGACCUGAGCGACUUCGAGGAAAUGAACAAACUGAGGACGAGCAGCGACGAGGAGGACCAGGACGAGGAAGAGGAGGAGUCCAGUGAGGAGGAAGAAGAAGAUGAAGAGGAGGAGGAAGAGAUGGAGACGAAAACAAAGGCGUCCCGGUCUAAAGGCAAAUCUCCAGCUAACGGCUCGGUGGCGAGGAAGAAGCGGGCGUACGUGGAGAUCGAGUACGAGCAGGAGACGGAGCCCGCCUCCAAGAGCAGAACCACGUAGUGAUGUCACAGCUGCUGCCGCCAAUCAAACUGUGAGCGGCCAGUGAGGUCAGCGGACUCUCUGCUGAGGACACGCCCCCUCCGUCGGUUCUCCGUCAGUCUUUCUGAAACUCUGUUCAUGUUUUAAUAAAGCUUUCUGAGCUCGGACGGACGUUGGAGUUCGUCUCCGCAGCCGAACCUUUUCUCCGCUCUGACCCCGAACUCCCACCGGGCUUCACAACGCUGCAGUUUGGUUCUGUGAUGCAGAUUGAGAACUCUUCCUGCCAUACGUUGUUGUUUGUGUGUUUCUCUGCUCUGUUGAUGUGUGAAAUUCAAGUCUGCACACUAUUUUAUUUUGAAAAUUUACCAGAUUCUCUGUGGCCUUCCUGAUGAAAGUGGGUCGCGGCUUUUUCAAAAUAAAAUACCCAGUGCAGACUCAACGUCAGUCAGGAGAUUUGACUCCACAGAUGACAGGAAGUGUUGGAAGAUACGGUGGCGUUCACAGAUUCUUUUUUUACUCACUGAACAUUAAACAGAAUCAUGUUUCAGCUUUUCAGAAAGUCUGACGAGAGAAUCUUUACACACCGUUCAUACAGAGACAUUUUCUAUGUUGGAGAUACGGGACGGAGCUGACCUGAAAUCAGAUCUGCUCUGCAUAAAUCACCCAAAGUGACUUUAACUCUGCUUCUGCUUAAAAAAAACCUGCUUUGUUCUGUCUGUUUUGUUAAAUAUUAAAUGUGUAAAUGAACAAACGUCAAUAAAUCAACUUUGGAAAAAAAGA